AAUUCACGAUUUAAUUCUGCCAAUCCAAUCUUCAAUAUUUACACAUUCAAGAGGAGAAUCGCUACUUUCAGUCAUUUCAAAUAAAAGAAAGUUUUAAACCAAAAUAUGACUGUACAUACUUUGGUCAGAAGAGAUGGUUUUGCUGGCAUGGAGAAAAACCGGUUUGGACAGGUGUUCAUUGUUUAUAAGGCAGUAUGUUUCGACAAAGUCUUCAUUAGAAAGACGGUCACUGUGUGUUGAAGACAUAAAGUUAAUGACUGAACACAGUAUGGCAGCCUGGACUGUAUGGAUACUAUUCUUGUGCACUAUUCUGACAGGGCAAGAAUCUAAGGCUCAAGACUGUGGAGUGGCACCUCUGAAUACAAGAAUAGUGGGUGGCGAGAAUGCCACAGCAGGAUCAUGGCCCUGGCAGGUGAGCGUGCACCUGAGCUCGCACAUCUGUGGAGGGACCCUCAUCAGUGACCAGUGGGUACUCACUGCAGCUCACUGCAUCCUAGUAAAUACACCUAGUGCAUGGACUCUCUACUUUGGAAGAGAGACUCAGGCUGGCCCUAAUGCCAACGAGGUGUCCCGCAGAGUGUCCCAGAUCAUUGUGCAUCCUAACUACAACAACACCCUGUACAACAACGACAUCGCCCUCAUGAGGCUCAGCGCCCCCGUCACCUUCAACAACUUUAUCAGGCCAGUCUGCCUGGCAAGUAACUCCAGUCAGUUCUACAACUCCACUCUCUGCUGGGCCACGGGCUGGGGUAGACUUGGCAAAGAUGUGUCCCUGCCAGCUUCUCAGCCACUACAAGAGGUUGAGGUUCCUGUUAUUGGAAACAGGCAGUGCAGCUGCAAUUACAACAAUUCAGAUGCAAACAUCACUGACAACAUGAUUUGUGCAGGACGGGAGAACAAGGGAGCAUGUCAGGGAGACUCUGGCGGACCUCUGCAAUGCAAACAAGACUCGGUGUGGAUCCAGGCUGGCAUUACCAGCUUUGGAGUACCGUGUGCUUUGGCUGGUUUCCCUGAGGUGUAUGCCCGUGUGUCUCAAUAUCAGACCUGGAUCACAGAGCAAGUGGCAGGGGCCAAUGUUGGCUUUAUUGCGUUCAGAUCUAGUGGCACUGACCAAGACAGCAGCUUUAUGUGCCGCGCCACAGUCACGGAAAGUUCAGCUACGCUUGUAAAUAAGCUUACAUCUGUUGUCAUCUCAGUCACAGUGUUGCUUCAUUACAUUUUAACUCCAUAGUAAUGACUCGGUCAGUUGCACAAUGUUCUUUUUUUUUUUUUCAGCAAAUAUUAAGAUUACAAGUAUAGUUAAAUCAUUUGAACUAAAUCCCUGAUGAGUGAUUCCAUUUAUUGAUCCUGUGUAUAAUCAUGAAAGAGUCAGAUUCUUAAUAUAACAUCUCAAUAUAAGUUUAAUCUAUUUGUUCAUUUGACAUGGAUAAUCUAGUAAAUUUAACAGGACAUCCUGCUUUAUGAUUUCUCAUUUGUUUGCUACUUGAUAAUAAAUUUAGUCUUCAUGACUAGUUAACAAUUGGGUUUCACUAGUGGACAUAACACAACACAAUGACCAAAAUGAAAUUGUUGAUGGCAGCAAGGCACCGAAAUUGUACUGAAAAGAUAUAAAAAAUGUCAGAGUGUAGAUAAAAUGUUUUGAAAAGGAUAAUUCAUUAAAUGUUAAAAUGUUUAUAAUAUACUUCUUUGCACUAAAACAAAUGGAAAAAUCUGGGCUUUUUUCUUUUCUUACACUGUUGUUGAUGUUACUGUUCCAGAUUGCUUUAGGUCUGUAUGUGGCCCUCAAACUAAAAUAAGUUUUAACAUGGCGAGUUGGCCAAGAACUCA